GCUGGUGAAGAAGAUUCUUCUGCAAGUAAAAGCAGUGCUCAAGUUGAGCAAAGUAAUGUGGGCUCGGUGAGCUCAACUCCGUACUCAUUGUUUGCAUCGGACAAUCCUGGUGCAUUGAUAACUUCGGUGUUGUUUAACGGAGACAAUUACAAUGAGUGGUCUACAGAGUUAACUAAUGCCUUGAGAGCUAAGAGAAAAUUGGGGUUUAUCGAUGGAACCAUACCUAAACCUUCCAUUGAUGAUCCGAAAUUUGAUCUUUGGGCUUCAGUUAAUUCCAUGAUUGUUGGAUGGAUACGAUCUUCCAUUGAAGCGAAGGUUCGAUCAACAGUCACUUUUAUAUCUGAUUCUCACAAACUAUGGGAGAAUUUGAAGAAGCGUUUCUCAGUGGGAAACAAAGUACGAGUUCAUCAUCUAAAAGAACAGCUGGCGUCUUGCAAACAAGGUGGUCAAUCGGUGAUGGAAUAAUAUGGACGUCUAGCAAAGAUGUGGGAAGAACUAGACAUGUAUAAGCCCCUUCCGGCUUGCAGUUGUAGUGCUUCUGCGGAGUAUGAGAAGGAGAGAGAUGAAGAAAAAGUCCAUCAGUUUGUCAUGGGGCUUGACGAAUCUCGGUUUGGAGGAGUUUGUCAAGGAAUUAUAUCUAGUGAUUCUUUAGUUGAUCUUGGAGAAGCUUAUUCCAAAGUCAUUAGAGAAGAACAGCGUCUUGCUUCAUUUAAAGAAAGAGAAGCUCAACAGAGUGCGGUCGGUUUUGUCGCAAAGAAGGAUCAAGUUGAUUCAUCUAUGCGUCGAUCCUCGCAGUGUUCUCAUUGUGGUCGCAAAGGACAUGAUAAAUCCAAUUGUUGGCAACUGGUUGGUUUCCCGGACUGGUGGGAGGAGCGUUCAACUAAACAAGAAAGUCGAGGUUCUCAGAGUAACAGAGGACGUGGUUCUUCGGGUUCUGAUCGAGGGAAAAGCAAUGGACCAAAGGCACACAAUGCUCAUGCAACUUCCUCAAAUGAAUCAAGUUUUCCAGCAUUCACAGAAGAGCAACUAAAAGCUCUUACACAGCUGAUUAAUGAGAGGACUAAGUCAUCUUCCGAUAAGUUGUCUGGAUCGUUUCUCGAGGACGCUGAUUGGAGCAGGUGAAGAGAGAGAUGGGGUUUAUUAUUUUAAGGAUGUCAUGGCAGAUAGAGUUCAUGUUGCUAAGAAGUCUGUUAAAGAAGUUGAUCAGCAUCGAUGGCACCAGAGGCUAGGGCAUCCAGCUUUUUCAGUUUCGAAUUUGUUACCAUUGUCGUUUUCUACUAAUAAAUCAUUGGCUCAUAGUCCUUGUGACACAUGUUUUUGAGCCAAACAGACAAGAGAGGUGUUUUAUCAAAGUUUGAAUAAAACUAAAGAGUGUUUUGAGAUGAUUCAUUGUGAUGUAUGGGGUCCUUAUAGAGUUCAAUCUUCCUGUGGAGCUCGGUACUUCUUAACAAUCAUAGAUGACUUCUCGCGAAC